AUAUAGAUCUUAAAUAGUGUUAGUUUCUCUGAUUGAACAUUGUAGAUUCCGAAAUGGGUUUGUUGAUGGAUCGUAGAGCAGGAUCUGAUAAAGUAAUAAAAUUUUUAUUAAGAUGGGAACGAUCAUUGUGUUUUCUUUUUUAUAUCCUUGGAAUUAUUUGGUUACUACUUCUUGCUUUACCAACAUUUAAUGACAAUACCUAUUUCUCUGAGAAUGCUUUGCUACCAGGAUUGGUAACUAAAGAAAGUAACUUGGAGCAGACAUCAAAACAAUAUUAUCACGAAUUGAUCCAUGAAAUGAAACGUUAUCCGGAUACAAUGCCAUAUGCUUGGCUAGCAGCUAAAUUGAACCAGCUUCAGUUGGAUGUUUAUAUACAUAAUUUCUCCUUAAUACAUCCAUUUCAAGAGCAAAAAUUUACAGGACAGAAUAUAUACGGAAUUAUAAGAGCUCCGAGGGCAGCCAGUACAGAAGCAAUUAUAGUCAGUGUUCCCUUUAGACCAGUUAAUAGUAUUUAUUUAGACACUGCCCCAUCUGUGGCUCUUCUUCUCGCAUUUGCCAAAUUUUGUAGAAAACAGAAGUAUUGGGCCAAAGACAUUGUAUUUGUAAUAACAGAACAUGAACAAUUAGGCAUACAGGCUUGGCUAGAUGCUUAUCAUGGAGUUACAAGUGGUAACGGAGUACUUAUCUCUGGAGAUCUUGCUGGUCGUGCCGGUUCCAUUCAAGCAGCUAUCAAUUUGGAAUUACACUCAAUGAAGGUUUCAUCUAUUGAUGUUAAAGUAGAAGGAUUGAAUGGACAACUGCCCAACUUAGAUCUAUUUAAUCUAGCACAGAAUAUGAUCGCUAAAGGAGGAAUCAGACAUUCGUUUCAGAAGCGUUUCGACGUUAAAUACAAGGAUAAAUUUAAAAAUUGGUGGUAUCACUUUAAUACACUCAUUAUGAUGAUUGCGACUCAGGCUACUGGGAUUCCAACAGGAAAUCACGGACUUUUUCACAGGUUCGGAAUUGAAGCAAUCACUCUGGAAGGUUUUGAGAAGCCUGGACAACAAAAUUCUUAUGAAAAUUUUUAUCAAGUAGGCCGUAUAGUCGAAAGUAUAAUUCGAUCGCUAAAUAAUUUAUUAGAACGCUUUCAUCAGUCUUACUUCUUCUAUCUACUUCCAUCGACUGAUACUUACAUUUCUAUUGGACUCUAUAUUAAGUCCUUGGUUUUAAUUAUUGCUGGAGUGUUUAUAAAAGCAUUUUCCAUGUGGCAAAGACUUACUGCAGAAGUAUCUACUUCUGCAGAAAAUAAAAAGAGUACAACUACUAAACAAUCAAAGAACGAUGGAUUUGAUAUUGGAACUAUAACUUCCGAGAUAUUAUGGGCACACAUUUUUGGUGUCGUAAUUGUUUCAUCCCCUAGUGCAUUAACGUACAUUGGUAGACAAACAUGGAAUCUACGUACAGAAGAUUCUAUAUAUUUUGGUUUUGCAGCAAUAACUAUUUUAACAUUAAUAUUGCCACUAUAUCCCAGAAGGCGAAUAAAGUAUAAGAAUGCAGCUUUAGUUUGUGUAAUUGCAUCAGUGGAACUGGCCACUGUGUUAAUGUGUAUAGCAAUGCACAAUUUUUCAUUAGCCCUCGUUGCUGCUAUAGUUUAUGUACCUGCGAUUUUACCAAUUACACCAAAAGAAAAGUCUGAUGGCAAAUGUCGCACUAUACUGUCAUUCUUCUGGAUUCUUUUGCAUCCAUUUGUGAUCUCAAAUCUUCUCGUAAUGUGUUACACGUACAUAAACUUCUCCACGGAUCCAUUCCUCUCAAUUUUGUUUCGUGGAUAUCAUGCCACGAAGCAGUCAUACGUUUUCAGUAUUAUGGACUCGAUGAUAUACGGAAACUGGUUUUACAAUGUAACUGUCUCUACAAUACUUCCUAUAUGGCUUCUGUUUUGGAAUAUUUUGUGUUCGAACAGUGUGAUGCAUACGUAACACGUGUGAAUUACUUUGUGCCACGAGAAUAAUAAUUAAUACAGUUAAUCGACUAUAACAGCAUGUAAGCUUUCCUUGGAUGAACAUAGCUAUGCUCUGCCUAGAGUAUCCACAGACAGUAUAAUUAUAAUCGAAAUGCAAUACCUCCCAGAUUAAAGUCCGCGAUUUGGGCCCACCUAUAAACACUCUCGCGAAGGUAGAGCUCUUUUAUGACUAGACUGCGGAUUUUUGGCAUUUAUAGCAUACCCAAUUGUCUAAAAUUCAGUAUAUCGAGAAAUUCAAUAAAUUUUAGUACAGUUUGCAUUUUAUGUGAGACCUGA